AUGGCACAUCUAAGUUACAUCAAGAUCUACAAUACAGCUGGAUUUAUUGUUUGUAUUGUGGCUCUUCUCACCAGCUUAAUGUUCUACAAGACAAUGAAUACAAGGUAUCUAAGAGUGGUUGGACUCUGCCAAACAUUCUUUCUGAUGGAAUCUGCAAAUAUAUCCGCAAAAAAAAGCAAUGCAAGAUAUCUUCCCACCGUGAUGCAGCUGGUAUCUCGUAUGUUUAUUAUAUGGGUUGUUUUCUGGUAUUAUGGUGUUAUAAAUUGGACUUUCCCCGUUAUAACCACGUGCUGGUACCUUUCAGACCUGGCAAGAUACGUUUUCUACAUGUUCAGAGUCGACACAGUUAGAAUUGUUAGAUACAACCUAUUCCUACUGACCUCUCCAAUAGGAUUUGUCCUCGAAAUGUACUGCCUGAAAAUUUUACACGGCUCGCUGGGAAAAAUACUUUCCUACUUUGUUGCAUUGGCUGCACUACUAUAUAUUCCAGGAUUCACGUUCCUGUUUUCUCACAUGCUAAAGCAGCGAAAGUGGUCUAGAAAAAUCAAGGCGUGCAAGAAGAAGAGUAUGUGA